AUGGCUGCUGUCCUCUGCCUGAGUCUGAUGCUGCUGCUCUGGAGCCAGGGGCCAGGAGUCCAGGGCAAAGAGUUCCAAUUUGGGGCCUGCCAAGUGGAGGGGGUAGUUCUCCAGGAACUGUGGGAGGCCUUCCGGGUCGUGAAGGACAUUGUGCAAGCCCAGGAUAAUAUCACCGGUGUCCGGCUGCUGCGGAAAGAGGUCCUGCAGGACGUCUCGGACGCCGAAAGCUGUUACCUCAUCCAUGCCCUGCUGAAGUUCUACCUGAAUACUAUUUUCAAAAACUUCCAUGAUAAGGCAGCUGAAUUCGGGAUCCUGAAGUCAUUCUCCACUCUGGCCAAUAACUUCAUUGCCAUCAUGUCAAGACUGCAGCCCAGUCAGGAAAAUGAGAUGUUUUCCAUCAGCCAGAGUGCACGCAGGCGGUUUCUGCUGUUCCAGCAAGCAUUUAACCAGCUGGACAUAGAAGCAGCUCUGACCAAAGCCUUUGGAGAAGUGGACAUUCUCUUGACCUGGAUGGAGAAAUUCUACCAGCCCUGAAUGCCUAGACCAAGAUACCCUCCUUGUUCUCCGUGUCAUUUCAAACAAGUGUGCCUUCCUGUGAUGCUCUCUGGGCGUUUCACACUCUUGACCAGGGGUCCCGUUCUUGGCCCAGGCUUAUCCUCAAAGACUUCAUUCUUUAAGUGGCCCCAACGACAGUCAUGGGAGGUUCCGUUGGAUGCUGUGAAUAAUCUACAAAGCAGAUUCUUAUAUUUAUUACAAUUCUAUUUAAUUCCUGUCAGUGUUUUAACUGAUGCCAUAUUUAUUUGUGAGACUGUAAAUUCUGUGAAGGCAGCAGGGACAGUGCCCCGUGCUUCUCUUUUAUCCUCUACAAUCCUUGCCAUCAUGUGGGGUAGUGGAUGGGUGCUUGGUAAAUGCUUAAUAAACUGGAUUUUUUGCCUGUCUUUGAAUUGCUGAGGAACCAUGAGGGGUGCUGGGGUAUGAAGUUGAACUUUACGGCAUGGAAAUCACACUGUCAUGACAUCUGCAGGAACAGAGCACUGGGCUGGGGGUGCCCAGGGGCACCCAUUUGAAACAUAAACGAUAAAAGAUGUAUUGUGGGCAAAGUGCCCAGCACGAAGCAGGCUCUCACUAAACACUUCGUUUCUUGCCCGCACUCCCUACUCCACUCCUACCAUCCCUUCCCCUUGGUGCCCUCCUUCCUUAGCCUACUCAUUCUUCCCUUAUCUGCUGCCUGAGAGGUGCCAGCGUCAGCCUGAUGUUGCUGAUGGGGUCAUCGUACCUGGGUGUACUGUCCAAUCUGUGAUGACGUUCCCUCCUAAUAAAAGGCAGGGAACUCAAGUCUGGAAGACUUCCCUUUCUAUUUCUGGACAAAUGCCCAGUGAGGCUGAGUUGGGUGUUUGGAAAAGGCCUUCUUCCUCACAGCAAGACUGGGCAUUCUCUAAUCUCAAGCUCUGGAUGAGCUCUGGGGUUGACUUCAAGCCAAAGACAGAAUGUCUGCUAUGCCCUUGCUCAGGAAACUUAAGACAAAGAGUAUACGCAGGAGGUGGGACAGCUCUUCCUCCACGACAUAAGUGCUAUUGCAGAGGCCCCGGCCUUCAGGAAUCCCACACCACUGUCCUUCCCCACCUUGCUAUACAUGACCUGGAACUGGCAAAGAGACGAGGCGCCUUUCAGAAAGCAGGGAGAUGUAAUGGUUCUGGAUGGCUAAAAUAGACCAAUGUUAAGAUGAG